AGAAAUUGUAUGUGAAAAAAGAAACAAAAUACAAGACAGUUUUGUAGAAUAAGGAGGGGACACACCACCAUCCUCCCGCAAUUACAGGGCUCUCUCAUCUCUCUCUCUCUCUCCUCUUUCUGCUGUUGUUGCAGCACCGCCACCUGCACAUUUUGCAGUCACUUUGCCGCUCCCUCUUUACACCACCACCUAUUGCUUUACACCUCAAACUCUCUCUAUACAUACAUACCCAUUUAUGUUUCUUCCCCCUUUCAUUUCCAACAUCUACGAUGAUGUGUGGUUUGAUUGAUCUGAACGACGAUACAGUCGAGGUUACGACCUCGUAUGCAUCUCCGUCGGUAAAUUUGUCUCUGUUUACGAAAACGACGUCGUCUCAUUCUACUCCGGUUGUGUGUUCUUUGGAGUUAUGGCAUGCGUGUGCCGGACCUCUGGUUUCGUUGCCGAAGAAAGGAAACGCCGUCGUUUAUCUGCCACAAGGCCACCUUGAACAACACCGCAUUUAUGAUUCUCCGUUAAUCACCGGCGUUAAUCUCCCUUCUCACGUUUUUUGCCGUGUUGUUGACGUUAAGCUUCAUGCUGAGAAAGGAUCCGACCAAGUGGUUGCUCAAGUUUCACUAAUUCCAGAUUCUCAGCUGGAGAAAAAAUUGGGUGAAACAGAGGCUGAAGAAGAUGACAAUGGAGGCACAGAUGAAAAACCAACAACACCACACAUGUUCUGCAAAACCUUAACAGCUUCUGAUACCAGCACCCAUGGCGGAUUCUCGGUUCCGCGCAGAGCUGCAGAAGAUUGUUUCCCCCCUUUGGAUUAUAGUCAACCAAGGCCUUCACAAGAGCUUGUAGCAAAAGAUCUUCAUGGGACCGAAUGGAAAUUUCGGCAUAUUUAUAGAGGGCAGCCGCGGCGGCAUUUGUUGACUACCGGUUGGAGUGCUUUCAUAAACCAUAAGAAACUUGUGUGUGGGGAUGCUGUUCUUUUUCUCAGGGGUGACGAUGGAGUGUUAAGAUUGGGUGUGCGUAGAGCCGUUCAACUGAAAUCCUCUUAUGAUUUUCCAGCGAAUUUCGCCAGACAGUUGAAUGAUUCCAACUUCAACACCAUUGUCAAAUCCAUAUCUCAGAAAACCGUCUUCAACGUCUGCUACAAUCCAAGGAGUGGGUCAAAAUUCAUUGUACCGUAUCAUCGGUUUCGCAAGUCUCUUACAAACAAAUUCUCGCUGGGAACGAGGUUUAAUCUGCGUUUUGAAACCGAAGAUGCUACGGAGAGACGGUGCAGAGGGAUCAUAACUGGGGUCAGCGACAUUGAUCCUGUUAACUGGCCUGGAUCAAAGUGGAGGUGUCUGACGGUAAAGUGGGAUGGUGUGGAAGCCACAAGGCAAAACCGAGUUUCACCAUGGGAAAUCGAGGGGCAUACUUCCGUUACUGGUUCGGCUUUCAACAGCAUUUCGUCACCCGUUUCCAAAAGGAUAAAGACCGAUCUUCGGCCUGAAUUUCAUGUCCCCGAAGAUGGGGCAGGAGGAUCAUUAGACUUCAAGAAAUCUUCGAGAUUUCCGAAGGUCUUGCAAGGUCAAGAAAUUUUCAGUUAUGAUCAUUAUCCUUACGGAAUCGUUGGAUCAAGAAACUCAAUGAUAUCCAUAUUAAGGAACGAUCUCAGAAACCGAGCCUUACGAUCUAGUGAGGUCUUGCAAGGUCAAGAAAUAGUUUGUAACAACUCUAUGCAGCCGUUACCGGUUAUACAUUUCCCGAAUGUAAUCUUGCAGCCUACUUACUCUCGUCCCAUAAUCGUUGCUGAUGAUUCACGGCAUCUGGGUUUCGGUCAGGGAUAUUUGGGGCAGCAUAAUGGCCACAAUGAACGAGAAACGAUUUCUAGUCUUUUGACAGAGAAGAGUCUGUACCCAAACCCGAACCCAAGCCUGAGCCUGAAACUAUCUCACAUUGGGCCACAAGAAUCGGUUUCGACAUGUAGAAGUAGUUGCAGGCUCUUUGGUUUUACCCUUUAGUUUUAGAGUUAGGUGAAUUAGCUUCUGUUGUUUAAUGUAUUUUUUGGUAUACUUAUGUUGGGUUUGAUUUUCAGUAAUUGGAGUUUUAUGGUUUUGUUU